UGCAUCUCUUCUGCUGCAUCCUCUUCUUCUGCAUCCUGUGCAUCCUCCAGAGAGCCAUCAUCCUCACCUCAUCCUCACAUCUCCUCAUGUCGGAGGUGCUGCCUUUCAGCGAGGAGAAGCUGGGCUCCUAUGGGGAAGUGGUGGGGGGCCCGCCAGUGGGGCAGUCCUUCACCUGCCGCCUCCAGGACACCAACAACUUCUAUGCUGGGGGGCAAGCCAAGAGGCCCCCCAAACUGGGCCAGAUCGGACGCAGCAAGUGCGUCGUCAUCGAAGAUGACAGAAUCGACGACGUCCUGCAAAACAUUUCCGACAAACCGCCACCGGGAGUUUAAACUGGCGCACAAGAAUGAAAAGAAGGGCAAGGCCAUUUUGUUUCGGUUACCUUUUUACACAUUUCUGGGCAAAAAUAAUAAUGAUAAUAAUGAUAAUAAUAAAUUAGAGCAAACCCAACGACAACCAACCGAAAACGUGCAAGUCCUCCAUUGCUUGCUUGCGAUCCACCUGGGAAUCGAAUGGUUAAAAAAGGGACCGGCUCAGAGAUCGAAGUUGACGGAGAAGGUGUUGGAAACGUGUACAGAGAAAUCCAGUUGCACACACAUCCUUGCACACCCAUCCGACAUCGUGAAAAUAAUAAUAAUGAUAAUGAUAAUAAUAAUCGUCAUUGCAAUGCACUAUUUGGAAUUCGGUUCUCGAAGUGACUUGAGAGCCGUUCCCCUGCCUUUGGACGACUGGACUUGGGACACUUUUAAACCCGGUUUCGAAUGCACACUUGUUUACAUGGUUCGACCUUGCAAAAAAAUAUUAAUAAUAACGAUAAUAAUAACGGGGAGAUUUCCAUACGUUUGCAUACGUGUCUCUGUUUUUUAAAUAUAAAUCUGUAUUCUUGGAUGUUUGGUGGGAAAAGAAUAAUCUAACCUUAUAAAUAGGACUAUAUAUGUACAUAAUAGGUCUUAAUUCUUGCAAAGUCUCUGCAGAAUGUAUGGAACCAAAACAUUUUUUCUAAGAAGAAGGGAUUCUGCAAAGAAGGAGUCUCUGGGGAUGGUUCUCAUGUUUAAUUUUUUCUGGGGGAAAGGGGGGAAAUAAGAUUUCAAAGUUGGUAUUUUGCCUCAGGAGAAGUUUAAUUUUAUAUGCGAAAUGGCGAAAGGAAAUCCAAAUACAAGUAUUGUUUCUUCGGUCACUUAAUGCAGGUGAUUUCUGCUUUCUUUCUUUCUUUCUUUCUUUGGGGAUAUAUAUAUAUAUAUAUAUAUAUAUAUAUAGUGAUGGUUUAUUCUCUUUUCAUAGAGUGUGAUAGAAUAAAGAAACGGGAAUAUAUAUAUAUAUCUCAGACUGUAACAUGGGUGCCAAAUAUUUUGAAACGCGAAAAUAUAUAUUCCCCCCGUUCUUUUUACCAUUCCUUUAUUUCAUGAUCUUGUUACAUUUUUUGUACCGGACUAAUUCUCUUUCCAAAGCUCUUUCCUGACUUAACUAUAGCUCUCUUUGUUAAUAGCUAUAUACUAUAUAUUUCUGAACCUCCCGGAUUUUUGGGGAGUUUCUUUCUUCCCGUUGCAUUUCGAAAAGCCUGUCUGUUUGCAUGACAUGCAGAAAAAGUCAAAGAAAUGCCUCUUGAACCAAGGAAAUGUAUAUUUAUUUAUUUAUUUAUUGCUGUCCUUUUUUCUUUUCGACUAAAGCGAACUCUGGAAUGACUUUCCGAUGAGUGGGUUGCUUCUCUUUCUUAUACGGACGGUGUAUGUUGCACUUUUAUUCCUCUGCACAGGGCUAUUUCUGCAAUGUAUUAUAAUGAUAAUAAUAAUAAUAAAAAGGGGGAAAAUAAGAAGUA